AUGGCCAAAAUCUGCACAAAGCGAUCCUACCCCGCCCAGCAGCACCUCCCUGCCUGUCCUUCUGCAGACGAUCUGGAACAGGUUGAGCAUGGCAUCAGCAGAGUGCACUCCCUCUGUGAGGACACCUCCUCUGACCUCCAGGGGGUCGUCUCCGUGGCAGCCAGCAGGUUGCAGGUGUCCCGCAGUGCUUCCUUCACAGGGUCUGGAGGCAUGGCCAGGCUCUCCCACUUCAUCCUGAUGCUGAGGAACUGGGCAUCCCAUAGGCUCCGCCGUGAGACAGAGAGGCCUGACUCCUUCCUGGAGCGCUUCCGUGGCCCGGAGCUCAAGGAGGUGUCCAGCCACGACAGCAACGUCCAGUCCUCCCUGGGGAUCCCAGAGGGGCCACGCAAGAGGAGUCGUAUCGGUCACUGGCCGCUGGCUACACUCAAUUUCAACAACUGCAACAACACAGACGACAAAAAAGAGGAGAAGAAGGAAGAAAAAAAGGAUGAAAAGAAAGAAGAGAAAAAAGAGGACAAAAAGGAUGAGAAGAAAGACGAAAAGAAGGAUGAAAAAAAGGAUGGGGACAAGAAGGACGAGAAGAAAGAUGACAAAAAGGAUGACAAAAAGGAUGAUAAGAAAGAUGACAAAAAGAAAGAAGAGCCACAGAAGGAGGUAUGGAUUAUGGACCCGGCUACAGACCAGUACUACCGUUGGCUCAUGGUGAUUGCCAUUCCUGCCAUGUAUAACUUGAUGAUGCUUGUGACCAGGGCCUGUUUUAAUGAGCUCCAGAACACAUUCACCACAUUAUGGGUAAUUCUGGAUUAUUCCUCUGAUGCCAUCUAUUACUUGGACACGUUCGUCAGAUCGAGAACAGGUUUUCUAGAGCAAGGAUUGCUUGUAAAAGAUCCAAAGAAACUGAGAGAUAACUACAAAAAGACCCAGCAGUUCAGAUUUGAUGUCAUCUCAAUAUUGCCAACGGACAUCAUCAUGCUGAAAGUUGGCUUCAACAAUCCUGAGCUAAGGUUUAACCGCCUCUUCAGAAUCUCACGCCUUUUUGAGUUCUUCGACCGGACAGAAACCAGAACCAACUACCCCAACAUCUUCCGAAUCAGCAACCUCGUCCUGUACAUCCUCAUCAUCAUCCACUGGAACGCCUGCAUCUUCUUCGCCAUCUCUAAGACCCUUGGCUUUGGCACGGACACCUGGGUGUACCCAAACAUUAGCCACCCUGAGUAUGGCCGCCUGGCCCGUAAGUACAUCUACUGCCUCUACUGGUCCACGCUCACCCUCACUACCAUCGGUGAGACGCCCCCUCCUGUCAAGGACGUUGAGUACCUGUUUGUGGUCUGUGACUUCCUCAUCGGCGUGCUGAUCUUCGCUACCAUCGUCGGUAACGUCGGUGCCAUGAUCUCCAACAUGAACGCCACCCGCGCCGAGUUUCAGGCUAAGAUCGACUCCAUCAAGCAGUACAUGCAGUUCCGUAAGGUCAGCAAGGACCUGGAGGCCAGGGUCAUCAAGUGGUUCGACUACCUGUGGACCAACAAGAAGACCUGCGAUGAGAAGGAGGUGCUGAAGAACCUGCCGGACAAGCUGCGGGCCGAGAUUGCCAUCAAUGUCCACCUGGACACACUAAAGAAGGUGCGUAUCUUCCAGGACUGCGAGGCGGGCCUGCUGAUAGAGCUGGUGCUCAAGCUGCAGCCACAGGUGUUCAGUCCUGGGGACUACAUCUGCAAGAAGGGCGACAUCGGCCGGGAGAUGUACAUCAUCAAGGAAGGCAAGCUGGCGGUGGUGGCGGAUGAUGGUGUGACCCAGUUUGUGGUGCUCAGCGACGGUGCGUACUUCGGCGAGAUCAGCAUCCUCGGGAUCAAGGGCAGUAAAGCCGGCAACAGGAGAACGGCCAACAUCCGCAGCGUAGGCUACUCCGACCUCUUCGCCCUCUCCAAGGAUGACCUAAUGGAGGCCCUCACUGAGUACCCGGAUGCCAAGAAGGCCCUGGAGGAGAAGGGGAGGGCCAUCCUGAUGAAGGACAACCUGAUCGACGAGUCGGUGGCCAACGCUGGCGCCGACCCCAAGGACCUGGAGGAGAAGAUCAACCACCUGUCGAGCAACCUGGACAUCAUGCAGACCAAGUUCGCCAAGCUGAUGGCCGAGUACACAGCCAGCCAGUGCAAACUCAAGCAGAGGCUGACCAACAUGGAGGCCCAGGUCAAGACCCUGAGGGUGGAAGAUCUGUCAGAGGUCAUUGAGGACAAAAAGGACAAAUAG